AUGAAGCGGAAGAGCGGCGGUGUCGUUGACGAGUUACUGGGUCUUGACGAAGCUGAAUUGGAUCGCUUCAUAUUGAAAAUACCUCAAGGCGCUUGCAGCAAAGGGCGAUCAACAGGAAGCGGCGACACCGACCAAGAGCUGGAAGGUACUUUCGUUUUUAGCGACGAAAAGGCAAUAACAAAUCACGAGACACGUCUACUGCUGCCGGUGAAACAACCGCGGAAUCUGUGCCCAACUGCCAUCCUCCUUAAGAAGAAUCCCAAACGUCCCUCGUCCUUCACCGCCAAUAUGACCAUCGGGAACGACGACAAGGAUGACAAGAGUGACGGAGAGGGGAUGUAUAUGCCUACUAUCAUCGUCGAGGAGGAACCGGGCACUGUCGCAGGCGCAACGCCCAGCACAGCGGGAAGGAAGGAGGGCGGACGACUGCGACGGAAUGAUAUGGAGGUGGAGGACGAGGCGAGCGACGAUGAGAAGGGCGAUGAUGACCUUGGCUGGGAAGAUGUGUCUGAGCAAGAAGUUUAA